AAUAUAUGGCGGUGUAAUUUACGAUUCUGACGGCACAAUACAGUGCUUGACACCGACAAAAACGGACUCAUUCAAGGCACGUUCUGUUGAUUUGCGCGCUUUUUUGUCUCGUCGAAACUUACUAGACAAAAGCGUUACCCUGAAAAGCGUAUGAUCCGUCCGAACAAAAGUAAACAAGAUUCUGAGACAAAACUGACGAAUGCAUGUUUGAUCAUCGGCAGUUUUACACGACCCUGCUUAUAACAGCUCUUUUAAACUGCAUCGUAAACCAAGAAUAAAACUGGUCGGACAGCUGAACAGGUAAAUCUAACCCAAGAACCUUUUUUUCUUCAGCCUUGUUUAUGGUUCAGUACUUCUUAUUUCCGCAGUAUUUCUAAUGGUACACUGCGGGGAGUAAUUCCUCUUAUUCGCCAUCCGUUUCUGUUUACUCACUCAAGAAAGCUAUCAUAUAAAAGCUACCGAUGUACUAAAGUUUAUUUUAUGCACAAACGUUAACAUUAUUUUUAUUGUUUUUUUCCUUACAUUUACAUGGAACCGGCUCGAAUAAGAAAAUUUUGGAGUUAACUGAAAUGCUGAAGUUAUGUCAAGCAACAAAACGUCACCUAAUUUAAUGCACACCAUACUCUCAAAUUCCUGCAGGUGCUGUUUGAAGUAGUCAUACUCAUGUUUUCACCAUUGUAGAUUAUGAAUGUGUAAAGCCACCUGUAUCCGUUGCUUUUAAAAGUGAUUUGGCAAUUUGCAAACUGAAUUUUUUAAAAAAACUAUUUAGCUUUUCAAAUUUUAUUUCUACUUUGCAAAAGGUGAGGAACGUGACACUCUUAUCGAAUUGAAAUCAAUAUGGUAGUAUCUCCCUCAAUUUUGGCCGCCGAUACUCUGACCAAGAACAGAUAAAUAACGAUUUAAACUAGCACUGCUGUUUUUUAGUCACAUUUUCCGAUUUUUUUAGUCGUUCUUUAAACGUAUGGAAUACAAAUUAUUCAGCGAUGCCAUUUUUGCGGAUGUCAUUGGAUUGGAGUGGUGACGUGUUUAUCGGGAGUUAAGAUGCAAACUCAUCAAUCCACAAAACUCGACUUUAUGUGAUAUAGUAUAAAACUAAGAGGCUGAUUACGUAAUAUAAUUGAAGUUGCCAGAAUUAUUUGCUCUAGUUUGCUGCCCGGGGAUCGGCUACUCCCUUAUGUAAGCCAUGUAGGUAUGUGUCGCCCUAAAGGGUAUGGUUUUUGCGCCGUUUUGGUGUGAAAAGUGGUCCGGAAUCGGGCAUGGUUUUCGAAGGAACUACGAGAAUGAAUGAACCAGGGGCGGAUCUAGGGGGAGGGUGCAGGUGUUGAAGUAGAGCUAGAGACGAGUGCACCCCCUCCUAAAGAAAAUCCUGGAUCCGCCCCUGUGAACGUAUUUGUCUUUUCAAAUCCACAUGAAUUAGCCAAGGAAGGGUAGUAUGUGAAUUCGAAAUAGACUUUUAGAAAUCUUGUUGUUGGCGUUCUAAUCUAAAUAAUGAUGACCGAAAAUUUCUGCUUGUGCCAGGUCUGAAAACGGGUGUGGAAAAUGACGUUUUGUGGUCUGAAAUAGGGUCAGAAUUCGGAGAGCCGGACCGCCCCACCAAGAAUGUACUGGAGGGGCUUACUGUUAAGAAGAUGACUGCAACACAAAACAAGUCAUUUAAAGUUUCCAAACUAAGUGUUUCAGGCUUUCAAGUGCUUUAACACUCUUACCUAAAGCAAUGUAUUCUAAGCAGCGCUAUUACGGUUAGUUCCCUGUAAAACGUGAGAUUUUCUGAUGCCUCUUUCCGUUCUACUCCUUUCCGUUCCAGAUUAUAGCCAAAUCUGUGAAAUACAAGCGUCCAAAAAAUCGAAGGAAAGUUUCCAGAACGAUUAAAAAAAUCCGAACAAUGGAAAUUACAUCGAAAAAUGUUUAGUCGUUAUAAAGCAAUCCAAAUUUCUGGGGAACAUUGACUUCUCAGCAGAUACUUUACCCCCUGAUGCUCGAAGCCGGUCAGGGUGAUUGAACCGCACUUGAACUGUUACUAUCUUUGAGCUCAAGAAAUGACUAGAUUAAUUCCGCGCUAUACUUUUGGCAACUGUUAGUUACUAAGCCACAUUUCGUACAUGUUUUAAAUAAUGAAAACCUGGCAAUUAAAAGCUCGAAAUAUAAGUGGAGCUUGCUUAUAAUUUGAUAACACCUUCUUGCGCACGGCCUCUAGCUAUUUCAUUACCGAGCGACUUUCAUUGCCAGUUUCCCGGGUGGAGGGGAGGGGACAGUACUCCCUAGAAUGGCCUAUAUCUGCGGGAGGCCCCGUCGGCGAAAGGGGCUCCUUUUUUAGGCUUCAAGAAUAUGACGAAAUUAAAGGGUAGGGAUUUCACUAGUUGAAGUUUAUGAAAGGGUCGGGAAAUCUGUCAUUUCGGUCUGCAAAAGGGCCCAAAAUGGCUGACAGAAGGAUAGUUUAUGGCUGUGAAAAAGUCGAGAAAAUUUCCUGGUUUUGUGAUUCUUUCGUAUUCAAGAGAGUGAAUAUACCCAAAAUUCUGAACUGGGUAUUGUGAAAGGGACACCGUCUGUCAAUAGAAGGUACAGUUGAAAAGGGUACCUUGUCUGCCGAAAAUGGUAUAUAAAAGGGUAAGGGGUUGGAUCUCGGGGCGGUGCCUCCCCGUAUAAAACUUUGUCGAGUAACUAACCCUAACCCCCCCCCCCCCCCCCCCAAUUUUGCGGCGGUUUUUGGUAACAUGUUCUUGAUAACAUGGGGGAAGUUUCCUUGUCAUGAGAUUUGGCUUGCGACUCCAUCAAUAACACAUUUUAAAUCCGUUGUAAGUGUUUCGUUUAGGAUACUAUGCGAUUGAAAAGUAACAUGGCUUUUAAAAAAUGUCGUAGAUUGUCCCAGACUACUAUCUUCUAAAUUACAUGGGAAGUUCUUUUGCAGGUGUUUACGUUUUUACAUCUGUACGUUGAUUGGUGAGUCCUUGCGUGAAAAAAAAAAAAGUUUUCAAAGACGUUUCACGAUCACGUUUAUCUACUAUGCCGAUUCAUCAGAGUUAUUCUUGUCGUAUAAGCUUUCACGAGCGUUUAUCGUUCCGUUCUUGGCAUCCUUUACUACGUCACUUAUUAACGAUUUCAGCUAAGAGGUUUUAAUUACGGCUGAGCCGAAAUGAGUGCUUUGACAACGCAGUCAAUAUGAUGUAAAAAUGCUUUGGAAGCAAGUCCAUCCCUGUGAUUUAAACACCUUUAGUUAGGGCCCAUAGUGAAAAUUCUAGAACGUCGUAACCAAAACAAAGAAGAAUUGGUCUGGAAGAGGAAAAACAUUUACGUCUUUCGCGUUUUAUGGUUUUAAUAAUUCAUUCAAAGGGGCAGGGGGAGGAGAAAUGUUCGAAACUUUGGUAACUGACAAAAUCGAUUUCCUUAGAAUUCUGCAAUUUCUAUAAAUGUCAAUAUUUUGUCUCAGACAAAUGAAAUAAAAGGUGUCUUCUAUUCAAUAAGCUUUUGUAAGUGUAAGUAAGUAUAUUUUGCUCCAAUAGACCCAUUCAUCCAGCCGGGCCGGGUGAUUUUGGUUAUUAAACUGAAUUCGUUUUUUUUGUUUUGUUUUGUUUUUUGACGUUCGUGGUCUCACUGGUUUUAAAAUGUAUUUGAUCCUUCGACCGCCAAAAACUACCGUCGAACGCGCUAGUAAGGAAAAGAGGAAUUCCUUGGUACCAUUAUUCUGUUGAUCUCAUUUUGAAAUCCUGAGACUUAAGCUUGGUUUUUUGGACGUAACGGUUUUCAAACCGAAUAUAGGCCCUCUGUUUUCGUAUAGUCACGAACAUUUUAUUUGGAAAAGUGCAAAGAAGUAAGCGAGAAGCGUUAUCGAAGCAAUCUUGUUAAUAAAACUCUGUGGUUUUACGGCGAAAGGGUCAAGUUUUGUUUUUUAUGGUUGAGCUUUCCAACAUAAUUUUAUUCCUAGUAUAUUUGUUAUUUCGUAAUAUCUCAAACCUUUACGUUCCAACUAAGUUGGCAGGAAUUGAAUACCCAAUCACCUCUCUUCAAUUCUUUGCCUUCAUAAAACAUUUAUUGGAUGUAACACAUUAUUUGCCUUCAUCGAGUACAGGUGUAUUCGAUCGAGAAAGGCACACAAAUUUCGUACCUUUUCCUGGAUUUUCCCCUUUAUCGGUGAGUUUAGAAUGUGUUUUCCCAUCUUGGCACUCUAAGGGCCUUUUUGAUUGUUAUUCAGUCUCUUAAUCCAAUAUUCUGUAUUACAUAAGCAUUGCCGUGUCCUGUGUCGUCUUUUCCCAACCAAUCGAAGUGGCAUUGUAAAAAAGUAGUGAUUGUAACAGUAACAGAAGAAAUUGGAAAAUUUUACAACCAUCAUAAACACCAAUUUGAGUAGAUAGAGACAUCUUCAUUAGGAAAUUUUACAGACUGCGGUACUUUAAUUUUUAAAAGAAUUCAUUUUCAAUGUUUUGACAAUAUUCCACAACUUUGUAACUAUAGAAACUUUAAUUAAGCGCCUAUCUGAUUGGCAUAUUUCAUUUCAACUUGCGUAUGCACGAAAUGACAUGAAUAAUUUAUCUUAUCUGCGAACAUUCGAAAACUCACAUAGACCGAUCUACAUUUACAGCAACACGGGGUCAUAUACGCCGUCGGCAAAUUUAUCCUUGUUGAAAUAACAGCGUUUACGGAACUAAAACUUUUUCUUUUAUUCAAAAAAGGUCCUAACUCGCCGUAAACAUGAGUGGCUCGGCAAAGCGCCGAAAUCGCAGUGGUUUGGGCUCUCAAGCUAGCCUCGGUACGAACCUGAACGAUGAGCUUGAAAUGCAUGAGAAAAGUCGACCGCCUUCUUCGCACUCACGAAACGCUUGGUCUGAUGAUUUGCUUGGAGGAGGACACGAUGAAAUCGAUUUCUCGCCUCGAGCACCAGCUUCAGCUGCUGUCGAUCUUCCAUCGGCGAUGGAGCAAGAACCGGUGAACCAUCAAAAUCGUGUCCCCACAGACGUUCGAGCUCCGGGAACGAAAAAUGUUCCUGUUGGCUGCUGGACUCGUUUUAAAAGGAUUAUUCGAGGUAAGGUUUCCUUUAUUAAGUACCCAAAUGUAGUAGAAUACGUAUAAAUGUCUUAUGUAUCAUUAUUUUAACUGUUCCGCAACUCUCUCCUUAGACUUUGUUUCUCCUAAAAAUGUCACGAAAUUCGGAAGUUAAUUCGCUAAGCAUCGUUUGUUCCAAUUUCCUUUUCUCUACUGGGAGUAGCUAUUGUCUGUUCUCUACGCUAGGAUGAUUUCGUUAAUUCUAACCUUAAAAAUUGGCAAAGGAAGGACAAUUUUAAGCGAAAGAGCUGUAAUUUAGCCCUUGCACCGGAGUGAACUCAGCGCGCUCUAAUUGAUAGUGGUAAAUUUCAUGGCGAGACAUAAUGUUUUUGCAAGUUUCAUGUGAUAGUUGAUGAUGAUGAUGUUAUAUACCACAUUUUGGUCGAUUUUCGGUUAGUCUCCAGAGCAAAUUUGAGAGGAUCUAACUUAUUUCACCACACAUUCGGUUUGCAGGGAUGUAAAAAAUUAAUGAGUUUGUGGCAGGUGUUUUAUCUCUGUAUUUGGGGAUUAACGUAAAAUUUCGCAUACUAUAGAGGCGAACAACAUUCGUUUUAUCCACACGAUGAUGGUAUUUUAACGUCGAAAAACAUUCAAGACGGACGUAUGAAUAAACCGCCAAACGCGAGUGUCAAAAAACUCCGAUUUAAAAACUUUUUACUGCUUGAGACCUUCUAGUUGUGAAUCGAGCGUUUCGUCAGAUACUCUUGUGAUGUUUGUUUCCUUUACCGCCAACUUCCAUUCUCGAUAAAUUAUUUAUGCUACUAGUUUCCAAGGGAAAUUGUGGAAAGCUCGCUUUUAGAUAAAUUUUCGGGAUGUUUAAAAAUUCUGAAUAAUUUUAUCCUUUGCAAAGGAUAUUGUGUGUCGAUAAGGCUAAAGUAACUCGUUACACACAAUUUCCGUAUUGGAACCGUUCGAUGAUGAUCGAGCCAUAGAAUUGAAGGAUAUUGAACAUGGCCCUCCUUUUCCGCUCUAAUAACAGUUAAUUGAAAUUUUUAUGAAACUUUUUUUUAGCGGAUCUUAAUUUGUUUGGCGAUAGCUUAAAUGCGGGUGAUGUUUCCAAAUGAGAGCCAGCUUCUGCUAUUAUUAUAUGCAUUUCCAUAUUUUAUUUAAGUAAUUUAAGCAAGCAGUUGGAGGAGUAUUUUCUACUGAAUUCCUUUUUCUUAACGCAAAGAUAUUUUUUGUACAAAUCCAGUUUUUUGGUUGGUCAAAUUUUUAUGGGGGGAUGUUUAUUUCUGCCAAGUUUAAAGUUCUUUGGUUAUUCCCUGUUUGUUUGGAAAAAUAGUAAACAUAAGUAUAAAGGAUAUCAAGAAGAAUGGAAACAGUUAAUCAUGUGAAUUUAUUGUGGUCCAUUUGAAAAAGGUAAAAAAGGAACUCUUAUCACAAUGAAGGAAAGAUUUCCACCUUAUUUAUUUAAGUAUCUUCUUGCUUUUUGCAUAAUUUGUUUGUACCAUCUGUUUCAAGUUUUGCAAUCUAACAAUAGCUACCUUGUUUCCUAAUUAUAAUGUCCAAUAUUCAAACAAUUGUUCCAGGGGUUUUUUCAUUUUCAAUUUUUCUUAUGUAAAAUUUAAGGUAUUUUUUUAGCGAUAAUUUAUUGUCUAUUCUAAAAUGCUUAUUAAUUCAUGUUCUGACCGUACUUUGUUUUCCACCUGUUUUACUUAGUUUCCUGUUAUAAUAUUUAGAAAUAGGUAGUUGCUAAUUAAUAUUCGAAGAUGCGUAAUAUCCCAUCAAUUAUUUGUCUUUUACACUUUUGCUCUCACGAUACUAGUAUUCCGCAUUCCAAAAUAAUCUCUAUUUUCAUGAGGGAAUUUCUGUAUAUUUGUUUGAAACAGUAGACAAGUAUGUUUUAUCCAUGAGUUAAGUGUUGAAUGAAUAUUGUAUACAUGGCAUUCAUUAAAAAUAGGAUUCUUGUCAAUUAAAACAAAAAAGUAACCUUUGCCAGCCAUAUCCAACUGUGUCACCAUUGAUUUGUUGAUGUAGCCAGUGUUCUCCUUAUCAGGAGGUAACCAGUAAAAUUUACCUCCUGAAGCAACACUUCUUACCGCUUGCAACCACUUGAAGGUUUACUAAAAUUAAAUACGUAGUUUUAAAAAUAUGCAAGUUUUGAUCCGAUCUGAUUCUCUCAAGGAAAUGAAUGAAUAUAUGGAAAAGUACUAAAGCAUACCAGCUUUUCCUUUUCUGGCCAUGCAUUUUGGAAAGAGAACAUUGAAGACAGGGUAAAAUUAUUGGAAGUAAACAUUUUAAAUUGUUGUCUAAAGAUGACAAGGGCCUAUUUGCGUAAAGUAGGUCUUAAAAUGACGGAAUGACAUUUCAGAGAACUUAGCUCCUAAAUUCCCAGUGAGAGUGAGGCCAUGUCCUUCACUCCGCUACCCUAUCUCGUCCCCCUUGGAAAUUGCAUCUCUGGCACAUAUUUUUUGCCUUAGCACCCAUGAAUGGUCCCUCACCUGCUGCGCUAAAAUUUAGGGAGAAUACUGUGUAGGGGACAGAUUUAGUUAGAACUGUGGUCACCUCCUCUUGUCCUAGAGUUCAAAUUUUUCAAGAUUAAUGGUUAUCCCACCUAUGAGGCAAGGUUAUUGUCUUGACCCUCUGCUUGCAAGUUUUGUUCUUCUUCCCCUGGCUUUCAUGAUAGUUUACUUUAUAAUUAUUGCUGGACUUGUGUAAGCAAGCUUACUAAAAAAUUCAAUUUCUUGACACUAACAACUUGAACUUUUCCAGUCAAAGCAUGAACAUCACCCUUAGACUGAAAAGAAAGAAAAAAAAACUUAAAAGGGAAAAGAAAGGAGGGGAUAGUUUUGGAAACUUAUGAGCCAAUCUCAAAAACCCUUGGGAGCACAUCUUAUGAGAAACAUAAAAUCUCAUUUUUGUGUGUUUAUUUUUGCAGGCUUUUUUGCUUUUUUGAUAUUAGAAUUUUUAAAGUUAAUUAUGUUGUGGGUAACAAGUGCACUGGUGCUUUUUGACACAGAAGAAAAAUGUUUCAUAUUAUAAUGCUUUUCCUUACUGACUGGUAGGUCUGUGGCGUACACGUCAGACUGAAGACCCCGAUACAGACCCUGAGACACAUGUGAAGACCACUUUGCGGGAACUGAUAAUCUAUCUUGUUUUCAUUACCAUCCUGUGCAUCUGUAAGUAGUAGAAGCAAUACUUUGGGGUAGUAAUAAUUGUCAGCCCUUUUUUUGUUUGGUGGAGGUUAAUUGAUAACAUGAAAAAAGUGAUUUUGAAUUCAGUGGGAACAUAACGGAACUACAGGCUGCAUAAAUGACAAAUUGAUAGCUAUGACCACCCCCAGUGUCAAAAAGACAUUCUCCUUUGGUUGGGGGGGGGGGGGGGGGGGGGGAGAGGUGAGAUCAACAUAAAACCAGCAACAGCAAACUAUACAGUUCAACUGUUGGCUAUAAUUAUUUAUUUCAAGUCUUCAACUAUCCCUCCCUUAUUCCUUAAGGCUUUCCUUUAUCUAUCCAUUCAUUCUUCUGCUCUUUCAUUCUUUUUUUUUUCUUUUUUUUUUCUUUCAGUGACCUUUGGAAUGACUAAUUCAACCAUGUACUACUACACCAAAGUUAUGAGAGGUUUGUUUUGUCAGAUAAUUUUGUUAUGUAGAUGUUGUGGUUCAAUAUUAUCCUUGGUUUAGAUUUUUUUUUUCCUUUGUUUUAAACCUCAUUAUCAUACAUUACCAUACCCCAAAACAAAGGAAAAUAAUACUGGGGCAGAUCCAGGAUUUUUUAAUGGCGGGAGGAUGAUAACUAUCGACCAUCAAACUAUACGUUAAUUUAUUUUAAGUUGUCCUACGUUUGUCCCAAAACAUGGUGAUUUAGGAAGGACGAAGGCUGGUUAGCUUCACAAGGUUUUUGCAACCCACGUAUUUCUAUAUUUUUUUGGGUUCCACAUAUUUUUCCGUUUCUUUUUCCAUGUAUUAUAUUGUUUUGGUGGACUGCUCUAAAGGGGGGUGGCUAGCCACCCAAUCCACCCCCCUGGAUCUGCCCCUGUAAUAUUAGAACCAAGGAUAAACUUGAAACACAACAUAUACAUCUAGCUCUAUAUUCCCAUUGUUGUAAAUGUGUACAUGUAGUUGCCAGAAAUGUCUGUACUCCCUAACUCAAAUAUUUUGGGAAUAUUCCAAGGAUGAGAGUGUCAAAAGAAAAGGCUUUAAAGACAUUAACAGCUUAGGGGGGUCAGAUUUAAAACCAAAGUCACUUCCAUCGGAACACAAGCAUACACUGAUUUGUAACUAUGCUGGAAUUACAAAAAAACUGCAUUUAAUCUUGGGAUUUGAGUUAGUGAACAAAGUUACAUCAGCAGUUCAAAUUGUAGUAUUCCAGACAGCUUGCAAUUUAAUUAGAGUGUGUGAUAUGAUGAUGGAUUCUUGACUGCAAGAUACAUGACUGUAAUAUUUUCAUAUCACACUUUGCCCAGAUUUGUUUGUGGAGACAACAAUGGAGAACAGAAACACUUUUAAGGAUAUCACCACCAUGAAGGAAUUCUGGAUGGUAAGUUAAUAUGAUGGCAAUAGUGACCCAGUUUAUUUUCAGUUCAUGCAGAUAGGUAAUUUCUCAAAAACAAAAAAACAGAGAGAGAGAAUUAAUUUUAAUAUCCUAUUGAUAUUUUAACUAUGAGAAAACGGCUAUUUCACCCAUGGCCCUUCCUUUUGUUUAGACUUGUCUAAAGGUCAUAAUUCACAAUUCUAUAACAACAACAACAACAGCAACAUCUUUAUUUCUUACAUUAAAUAUACAAAUAUCACACCACCUGCAAAUAGCAAGGCUAAUCGAGGCAGGUGGUGUGUAGACGGCUUAAGAUUUCUUACGAAAAGUUGAAGUGAAAAAGAACCAUAUUUAUAAUAAAAAAGGUCAGUCACGAGAGAAAUUGAGAUAAGAAAAUCAAGGCAGCUAUUUAGAUAAGCGGGGGCUAAUAUUUUUUAAGAUCGGAGAUUAUCGUGUUUAGGUCAGCAUAUCUAUCCUGAACUUCAAAUAUUUUCAACAGAAUUGUAUGAACUUUUUCCUUAAAGAGAGAUUUUGAAGAAUUUCGUAAAUUUUCAGGUAUACUAUUCCAAAUUUUGGCUCCCAUAAUAGAAAACGAAUCAUUUUUCUGAUUUAGUCUAGAGUGGCUAAUGUAAUAAUUUCCAGAAGAGGAGGAGCGAGUGCUGUAAGAGUGGAUUUGUUGAGUUGGAAUUAUUGCCAUUUUCACAUCAAAAUCAAGUCCAACAAAUGGGGCAUCUUAGUGCAGGGCUGUCAUUAAGGUCUAGGGGCUGGCGUAACCUCACCCCCUCCCCACACUACUAAGAAGAUGACCCCCGGCUACUUUCACAAGGAAAUAGAAGGAAAUUAGAAACAAGAGUAAUUCCUGGCUGUUUGGUUCCCCGCCAACUUGACUUGUUGUAUUUACCCGGAAACUUAAAAUGUUAUAGACACUGCCCUGUCUGUGAUCACACAGACAGUUUCUGAUCAUGUUGUGGGCUGUCACAGUGCCAACAUGUGAUUUACAUUGAUAUACAAAGCCCGAUGAGUUUAGCUCAGCAACUCAGUUUUUUCACAGCUGCACAGCCUGUUGAAACAAUCAUAGCAAAAUGCUUUUUUUCUGUUUAUUGUAGUACUCCAAUGGUCCAUUGUCUGAUGGCUUAUACUGGGAACAAUACUACAACGGCAAGAAUGUAUCAGAUGAUGACCUUGGCUUCAUCUAUUUUGAGAACAAAAUCCUUGGACGGCCACGCAUUAGACAACUGAGAGUUAAGAAUGACUCCUGUGUGUAAGUAACCAUUUCACUCUUGAAAAACCUCACAAAAAUUUAAAUUUUGUCUUUAAAUCCAAAAAAAUUAAAUAUCUAGUACAUGAGCUAUGCAAAAGUUGUGCUAUUCAGGGUUCAUCUAAAUGGUAACAUCAUCGGAUUUUUUUCACGCAAAAUUAAUGUAAAAGUUGGAUAAUAUUUGAGGAAUUAGUAAUCCUAACAUAGUGUGAUCUAGGAGUGAAGGUGUCUUUAAUGAUAAUUUGAAGUUGUCAUGAUGAAGGGUUGUCAAAAGUAGCCAUCUGCUGGCGAGAAUUGCCACCUACUUGGUUAGUAUCGGCCAGCUACUCUGCUCAGCAUUUCUUUACAGAUGUUGCUUUUUUAAAUAAAAUAUCCCUGGACUGGCCGCUUACCUUGACAACUCAGCCAUCUACUUCAAAACUUUCUGACAACCCUGAUGAUGUGACUAUUAAUUUAUUUGUGUUAAAAGUGGUGGUAGCCCUCUGGCUCACUGUUAGAUAUUUUUCCCUUGCAGUGUGCAUGCUGACUUUCAGAGUGUGAUCAAGGAGUGUUAUGCACCUUACUCACCUGGUGCUGAGGAUAAAGCACCAUUUGGCUUAAUGAAUGGAUCUGCGUGAGUGUUCAAACACUUUUAAUCUCUUGAAAGACUAUAAGGUAGCACUCCUUUCCCCCCUCUCUUUGGGAGAAAUAAUUUGACCUCUGAAUGUCUUCUUGGCGGCAGGUGUUGUAGUUUCUCUUCCAAGAACUGUUAAGUUAAGUAACAUGAAAAGUAUUACUUUGGAAUAUUUGUUUUGAGCAAAAAUUGCUCAAAGUUUGCCUAACCAAGGCUGUUGCAUGAUUGUCUAAGUUUGCAAUUUAGUCAGAGGGCUCAUGACUUUUCUGGCCCAUGACAUCUAUCAGGCAAGUGACCAUGAAAAGUUAACUGCCCAGCCUACUGACAAUGCAGACAACCCACCAUGCCUUUUUGUGGUCCUGAAAUUGAUGUGAAGUAUACUGUUUUGUAACAGAUGGACGUACCAAACUGAAAAGGAGCUUGAUGGUCGGUCUCACUGGGGAAGAAUUACCACAUACAGUGGAGGAGGGUUUACUAUGCUGCUGGAAGCCAGAAGGGAAAAAACCAAAGCAUUAAUUGACAAAUUGAAGGUAAGUUGUAAAAAAAUGUUGUGUAUGCUAGUAAAUGUGCUGUGAACAACAAAGCAUAGACUAGAAGUCACAAAGUGGCAAACAAGAUCAAUAAGUUUAUCUUUUAUCGUUUAUCGUUUAUCCCCUACAGAUAAGGGGCCUGGAUUUAAAAAAAAAAAUUUUUCGGCCUCACCUGGAGCCCAAAAUAAGGUGGGGGGGUUGGGGGGGGCUGGAUCCACCUCUGGAACCAAUCCCUGCAAUGCCACAUUACCCUUUGUCCAUCUUUGAAAUAGCACCGAAAUCCUUGUUCUGGCCCCCCACCUGUGUACCAGUAUUUGAGUAUAUGUUAUGAUAGGACUGUUGAGAAAAGCCAUUGUCAAUUUCCUAAUCAGGAUGAAAGGAAAUUUGAAACUCACUUGCAGUAAUUCGUUGAGUCCUGAGGGGGGGGGAGUACAGAACAAGGAUCUUGGUGCUGCUUUGCAGACAUUACUAACUGGUGUUAGAUUACAUCUGCGAUGCAGGCUACAUUAACUAACCUCCAACAGAAUUGGAUUCAAACAUCACUUUACUUCAGUGUUUUUAGAACUUACUGUUCAUGUGUAUUAUACCAGGCCUAGUUAACUCACGUUCACAUUACCCUACUUACCAUUAUUAUUCUGUGACUGAGUCUUGUGAAAUGUGAUUAAUUCAUUUAUCUCUCUGUGAAGGCACUUAAUUACUUAACAACUCAUAGUUUUGGAUUAACAGUAAUUAUAGCCUGUUAGUUGGUUAUUUUAGUUUUUAACAGGGAAGUGAAUUUAAGAGUGUUUGUUUUUUCUCUCAGGAUAAUCUUUGGUUGGACCGUGGUACCAGGGUGGUGUUUAUUGACUUCACAGUCUACAAUGCCAACAUCAACUUGUUUUGCAUAGUCAGGUAUGUACCCCACUUUCACCCACUGAACUCAUCAUCUGAGCCAGUGUAGCAAUGAUUUCAUUGGUUUAUGUAACAGUAAGGACUGUUUAAAUAGGCUUGGAGGGAGUUAAUAGGCAAGUCCAAAAAACUGGCUUUGGGAUUUGUUGUCGUUUCAUUUGAGUUAAGGAGGUUGGAAAGAAAUGGCUUGGGAAGGUAUGAUUGCAAAUCACUCCUGCACAGGCAGCCCAAGCCCAUCAUUACCGCUCAGUAAUGCAAAAAGGGAAAGAAACAUUGUUAAAUGAAGGAAUGGCUUUCUCCUGAUUACGUGCAAUGUAUUCUCGCAAGAGGUGAUUUGCCAUCAAUUCCAUGCAUUUAUAUGCCUGCUGGGUCCCUUUAAACUGUUUCUGAGAAAACUUAACAGACAAGAAUAAUAAUAAUAGUUUUUAAAAACUAUGUUUUAGUUUAAACACAAACUGGAACUCAUUUUUCUCUUGUUUUUGUUAGGCUCAUCUUUGAAUACCCAGCCACUGGUGGCUGCAUCCCAUCAUUCAACUUCCGGACAGUGAAACUAAUCCGCUACGUCACAACUUUGGACCACUUUGUGAUGGCAUGUGAGGGAAUCUUUAUCGUCUUCAUCAUCUACUACAGCAUUGAAGAGAUCUUGGAGAUCAAAAAGCACAAGCUGAAGUACUUCAAGAGCUUCUGGAAUGUGCUUGAUAUCAUUGUCAUCUUCCUUGGCUAUGUCGCCAUCGUGUUUAAUGUGUAUCGCACCUUGACUGUGAAUGACUUGUUACAAGGGCUCUUGAAGAACAACAAGCAGUAUGCCAAUUUUGAUUCCCUGGGAUUUUGGCAAACACAGUUCAACAAUAUGGUGGCAGUGGCUGUGUUCUUUGCCUGGAUCAAGGUAAAAUAUGAAUAGAAAUGUUACCAUGCAUGUUAAGGUGAUGGUGUCCAAUCUAUUCACAUUGAGUGAAUGAGUGAAACAUUUUCUUUAUUCUCAUUACCUACCGUUUGUUUGUUUGAUUGAUUUAACAGUGAUUUUAUUGGAAUACAGUAGAUUCUAUUCAGUAUCUAGGUAUUAGGAGGUGAAGAGUCAGUAUUAAUUAUUGAUAUUGUUUUUCAGGUCUUCAAGUAUAUCAGCUUCAACAAGACCAUGACUCAGCUCUCUGCCACUCUCAACAAUGUAACCUAUCACUUUUCUUUAAUUUAGGGGUUUCAUUGCAUUUUGAUCUUCUCUCAUCCUUAUUAGCCUGUUUUAUUUAUUCCUCCCUCCCCUCCCCCCUCCCCGCUUUUGUGGCCAGUAGCUCAUGUUGUACUGCAUACAAAACCAAAGUAGCGACCUACCAGAAACCAGUCCCGGGGGAACUGAUAUAGUUCGUGACCCUUUUGACCCUUGUAGAUUUUGACUUUCUGGGUCUGAAAUAGAGCUAAAUUUUCUGUUUUGUCAAAGGACUGUUAUAGGGUAGGGAAAAUCACAUCUGCAAACUCCCCACCCAAAUUUUUGAGGUGUACCCUCCCCUAACAAACGAUUAAGUGCUUUAAAACCGAAGUUAUUUCCACGGAGUGAUCGCAUACAACGUAUACUUGUUGUUUGUUAUUUAAUAAAAUAAUGGAAGGUUCAAUAAAACCUCGCCUCUCAAAAGCGUCUGAACAGCAAUGAAGGGUGAAAGUUUGGACCCCCCUCAAUUAAGAUUCAUGGAUCUGCCCUUACACGGAGAUAUUCAAGGCGAACGAAGCCAUUUGCUGUGUGAUGCGUCGUGUACACUGUUGUAAAAGCCUUCCACGUUAUAACUGUACAUAAUUUUUUUUCUAGUGCGCAAAAGAUGUGGGUGGCUUUGCUGUGAUGUUCUUCAUCAUCUUCCUUGCCUAUGCUCAGUUAGGUUACCUUGUGUUUGGUACUCAGGUCCGUGACUUCAGCACAUUUGAGGACUCCAUGUAAGUUCCGCACUUUUAUCAUCACUUCUUGUUAUAACGUUUAAUCUCACAAGCAAAUGCGCACUUGUCAGCCUGAGAGAAUGAUAAGAAAGCAAGAGAAAGAGGCUUUCUGUACCUCGCCAGCUUACCCCUUAUUUCUUGGAAAUGUAGGGGUGCAGGACAAAGGGAACGCUAGAAAAGGACGAGUAGAUGGGGAGGGGAGAGGGGAAGGCGUUCCUUACCACACUCCGCCAAGUGUUGGUUCAUAGUGGAAAUGCUUUCGUCUGCAGUGCUUACUGUUCGCACACAGAAAACACGACGCGCAAAUUUGCGAACACUCGCGCGCGUAUAUCUCUACGUCAGCAUUUCAACAGGAUCCUUAUUUGUUGGACUUUUAAGAAGUAGCCUGUUCCAGACAUUGCUGCUUCCUAAGUACCUGCAUACUCCUUCCAGGAACCUAUACGUUGUCCACGAACUUACCAGACUUGCUCCACGCGCGAACACGCAAACCCUCGCGCGCGUACAUCUCCACGUUAGCAUUUCAACAGGAUCCUCAUUUUUUGGACUUUUAAGAAGUGGCUUGUUCCGGGCGUUGCUACUUCCAAGUACCUACAUACUCCUCCCAGAAACCCAUUCAUAGUCCACGAACUUACCAGCCUUUGCUCCACGCGGGAACACGCAAACCUUUCACACGUUGUUUGCGGGCUUGGCUUUAAUCAAGCUCCUCGGACAUAAAAGAGUGUUGCUUACAUGUACUUUUGUUGUUGUGUAUCUGCGAACGAGAAAUUGAUUUACUGCCAUUCAUUUUGCUAGCUUUACACUGUUCCGUAUCAUCCUGGGUGAUUUCGACUUCCACGCCCUGGAGCAAGCCAACAGAGUUCUCGGUCCAAUCUUCUUCAUCACCUAUGUGUUCUUCGUGUUCUUUGUGCUGCUCAAUAUGUUCUUGGCCAUCAUCAACGACACUUACGCUGAGGUCAAGUCCAACAUCGCUAAUCAGAAGAGCGAGUUUGAGAUUGGAGACUAUUUCAAGAAGGUAAGCCCGGUUUCAAACACAAAAAAGGCGGAGGGGAAGUGAACCCUCUGUUUCACAUGUCACUGUUUGUUUGUCAAUUAUGAAGACGGGCAAUAUAGUUCUAACGGAGACUCAGGACGCGUGAGACGCGACACAGAGCUUUUUCGCGAUGGUGAAUCAGUGGCAACUGUUGGCAAGUGUUCCUUCCACAAAAGGCGGGCAUCGCUUCUGUGUUGAAAUCAUUAAGUGUUUUUGCUUCUGCCAUCUCUUCUUGCCUCUUUCUACAUUAGUAUUCUUAUGCUCAAGUUUUCCCUCACAUUAGGAGAAAUCAGUGGAAUGCUGUUUUUGCUCAGUGUUAAGGCGUUCAUUGAAAGACCGAGGAAAACGCGUUAGGCGCGAGAUAAAGUAAUUUUUCACUUUCACUUCCAUCAUUUCUAGCUUUAUACCGUUACCGUUGUAAAGUGCUCUACCGACUGAACUAUAAAGAAUUGACAAUUACGUAAUCAGUGUUUAUAGAAAAUGUUGAAAACCUUCACAAUAAGAGACUAGUCGUAGUUCUCUUCAAGUAUGUUCGCCAAUGUAGUUUUGUAAAAUUAUGAGCGUUGUUGCAUUGAAGACGGAUGAAAUUUCUGGAAACACACCUUCUUUCUGUGCUACAAGUGAUUUAUGAGCAGCCCGGAAUUACCAACGAGCGUUUUCAGACAACUUUUUAAAUAAAAUAUAAUUUUGUCGCGUUCUUAAAAAAGACAAUGGAUUUGCACUCUGCUUUUUGCUCUAGGUGGUGUUUUACUGCACGCCGCGGGGAAUUGAAAUCGCAAAUAGUAUAACGACAAACUUUCAACUAAAUAAUGAAUAACACAGUAGAUUUCCGAUAACAUUUAUAUUUGUUAAUUGUAAGUGACGGUUCUCUUAGGUUUUAAGCUAGUGAAACAUGAGUAAUUCAAAGUUCCAAAUCCAGUAAAUUAAUGGAACGUUAGGCAGCGAUAAUUUGAAAGUACAAGCAGGUGUUUGAAAAAACAACAUUCACAACUUACACAAACUAUAUUGGUUUUUCAAUUUCCUGUCCUGUCCUCGUAUUCUAAUUCUAAUUGAUUGAACUCACUCACUGGUUGCUCGGCAACCGCAAAAUGGACGACUUUUGAUUGGUUUCUUUCGAUUGCGUGGGCCUUUUAAUUGGAUGUUACAAUAAGCCCACCCAGCGCAGUAGGUUUUCUCCUAUAAAGAGCUUUUUAUCAGACAACUGCUGGAGUCAAUGGAGUGAGUGUCUGAAAUGAUGUAACUGUGAAAUCGAAAAUUGCUUGGCGAGCAAAACCUUGAUCAGUUACCUCGAAACAAGUUUUACGUAGACAAAUGUUGUUGUAGAAGUAGGUUAUGUGAGCGAGUUGAUUUUGCUCCACAGGGCUACCAGAAGAUGUUGGAUCGACUCUCAUUCAAGCGCGAAAAAAUCGUCGACAUCCAGAAAGCACUCAAGAGCGCAGAUGUAAACCAGGAUAACAAGUUGGACUUUGAAGAAUGGAGAGCUAACUUGAAAUCGUAAGUAUCGCUGAUUUUUUGUCGUUGAAAUGCUGGCGUCGCGCUGGACAAUUUUACCGAAUCAGCGUUUGUUUGUCGCUUGUUUAAGCGAGGUUCUUUCACUGAACUGUGAAUAAAUAUCGCUUGCACUCUGUAAAACCAAACAUGGUUAAUGGUAUUAUGUAAUAGACCCUUUUAAACACGCAUGAGGCCUUAAAAAUUGUCCGCUUCUGAUAUUUGCAGAUGAUUAUGUUCAGUAAGAAGAAAUGUCCGCUGCUUGUACAUCACAGUAGCACGUUAUCUUUUUCAAGUCUUUUGAUCAGGCUGUUUCGACCAGAGGACUAAGCGUUAAAAUAUUCUCCCGCCAAAACACUGUAACUAGCUUUUUUUUUAUUAUCGGAAUUUACAUUUUAGCUAACUAGAGUUUCAACACCGCAGGUUGAUGUAAUCUAAACUAAUGUACAUUUAAAUAGAUUAUUUAUACUUGAAAAAUUGAACCGUGAAAUGAUUCAAAAUUCAGGUUAAAAUCACUUUUUUACGGUUCCGUUUAAUCGGGAAAAUCGUAACAAUUGUCAGCUCUGUUCUCUGUCCUUUUUUUCUCCAAAAAAGUGCUAAAAUCAGCAUUCAUGAUAAAAACACCUAAAUCAAAUGUUAUUUUGCAAUCUUUCUAAAACAGUUGUUAAAACAAUGACACAUGUUUUUUAGCUAAAAUAGAAAUUUUUGGCUUUUUCAUUGCCGUGGUUUUCUUGGGCGUAUCCAGACAUGCUGUCUAUUUGCAAGGUGCUGUUCGAUAUGUUGCCUUACAGAAAGUUUAGAGAUUUAGUAAACUUAAGAUGCAGUAGCUUCACUGUAACAAAACGGUGGACAUAAAUCUUGUGUGUCUGGUCUUGUAGGCGUGGCCACGCGGAUGCUGAAAUUGAAGCGGUAUUUGCCAAGUACGACUUGGAUGGUGACAGAAUUUUGGAUGAAGAGGAACAGAGGAAGAUGCAAGAAGACCUUGAAGGACAGAAGGUGAGGUUUAAAAUUCGCUAAAUUGCCGGCCCAAGUCAAUAUUUGACACAUUUCCAACUUUUAUAAUUCGGACUUUUGAUGUAAGGAACGGCAGCAAGUUGGACCACAUCUCAGCAGGAGCUGAUUACCCUGAUUUUGAUCAGCUCCUGGUUAGAAGCGGCCGUCGCUUCAGUGGUCAGUCAGUUCAGACCGCGUGCUAUACCACACUUCUUAAUUUUCGGAUCAGUCUUAAGUUUCAUUCAUAUUGAAGCUAUAACUUUCAGAAAUUUACAUGAAAGAACCUAUGCACUACAAAAAUCCACUUAAAUCAGCACAAGCUCAGUGAAAUUUGUUAAAAGGCGUGUACACAAGAAUCUGUGGCGUGUUUUUAAACAGAACUUUUCUCUCUUGGCUCGGCUUCUUAUUUGUAAUCGUGUCCGUAUAGGCUGAACUGAACGAUGAAAUUCAGGAAAUGGAACGAGCCAAGGAAGCAAAGAGCGCACGGCCGAAGAGUGCCAACAGUUUCGCUGGCAGCGAUGAUAGUGAUGACGAGGGAUCUACUGGAGGACUUAGUGCUCGCGCGGGCUCGGCUAUGGGUCGUCCCAGUGCCGGCGGAGGAGGAGUCUCGUAUGAAGAGUUUAAUGUGUAAGUUGACCUUGUUUGAGCCCUAUCUUUGCCCCUCACAGGCCAAGCCUGAGUUGUGUUAGAUAACGGUUAGAAGCUAACGCAGUAAUCGCACCAAUCAAAGUCGCUUUUUGAUCUCAUUGUAUAGUAUUGUAAAUUGUGAUAGUUGUGAAGGUGGACUUGUAUUUUGUUAACUCUGUUGUUUAGUCCACACAUGACACUGACUUGUCACCUUAGAAUCCAUAAGUUACCCCGUCCAACCCUUGCCGUGUUUAUGUGAAUGCAACUCUUUAAACCAGCAAACUUCGAAUUUUUUCCAGCUUCCUAUGCAGUCUUUUUGUGGAUAGUCACUCAACGGUCUUUAAUGGGCAAAAGCGCUUUGCGAGAAAACUGCGUAGGAGACGUAACUUAGUCGACCGGUUUUCUGUACUUUUCUGUGACGCAAUUCAGCGACUUUCGGUUACCAUUUUUUUAAAAUGGAUUUUACACUCAAAUAGAAUAAAAGUUUAACACAUUUCGUUUACUUUUCAGCCUCAGUCGCCGCGUAGACCGAAUGGAACACUCCAUCGGAAGCAUCGUUUCCAAGAUCGAUGCUGUGCUUGUCAAACUGGAAGCCAUGGAGAAGGCCAAACUGAAGCGACGAGAGACCAUGGCUAAACUACUCGACUCUAUUGCUGAUGUGAGUUAGCACAUGCAGAAAUUUUAGACAAAAAAAACAAUUGUGUUUUCAUAUUCAUGCAGAUAAACCUUUUUUCUUCAAAUCCUAACUUGAAACCAAAUUAAAUAUAGAGAGAGCGUGGUCUCUGAAAGGAAAGGAAAAUAUUUUCUAAGAACUGUUCUUUCACGCCUGAGGGGACGCGUCUGUUUUCUUCAACAGAACGGCCGUGGUGAACACGGGGAGAGAGACUUGAAACGAGACCAGAUGGAGAAACUUGUCCGAGAGGAGCUGGAACGCUGGGAUAGUGAGGCGUCUAUGAACCGAGGCGAUGCGAGCCCUGCUGUUUCCCGAGCUCCCACCGCCAAAUCGAGCCGCGGAUCCCCGUCGCGAGCGUCCCAAGCCUCUGCAGCUUCUGUCAGGACGGUGAGUUUUAACGAUCAUAAAAUGCGAAUCAUAACA